AUGGCGGACAGUAUAGACGUAGAUGUGUUUAUGUCCGAAAUUGAAAGUCGUCCAGCUAUUUGGGAUAUGCGGUCUGACCUAUAUUCCAACAGAUCAGAAAAAACCAAAGCCUGGGAGGAAGUGUGCCUAAAAUUCGUUUCGGACUUUGAAAAAAAGACUGCAAAGGAAAAAAAUACUGCCGCUGCUCAAUUACAACACAAAUGGAAGAGUCUGCGUGAUAGUUACAACAGAGAACGAAAUAAACAGAAAAAUAUCAAGAGCGGCUUCUUGUCUAUUUUGGCGGAAACCAGACCGGAAUCUGAAGAUGUGUCAUCUCCAGUUACCACUGUUGACCGCAGGGGCAGUACAAAGAAGCGAAAAACAAUGUCGGACGUAGAAAAAACGGAACUUGAGUUACUUAACAACAUCACUAAAAAAAUGGUUCAACUAGAUGACGGUGACUGCGAUAAUAAUGAAGGCGAAGAUUUAGAUAUCGGCAUAAUAGAUCACCAUAUUAAAGAAGAAGAAGUAGUUAGACGGAUCAAUCCUGAAUUAACAGACGGCAGAAGAGCAAGGAUGAGACUUGUGAGACAUUUACAGCAGGGCCAACAGAAUUAA